AUGGUUCGUGAACUAUUUCAGAUGGCCCGCUCUAAAAAAGCUUGCAUCGUGGUUUUUGAUGAAAUAGAUGCCAUUGGAGGUGCACGGUUUGAUGAUGGAGUGGAUGGAGAUAAUGAAGUCCAACGCACAAUGCUUGAAAUUGUCAAUCAGAUUGAUGGAAUAGAGUUAUGGGAAUUAAAGAAAGGCAGACUUUGCAAUAAUUAUAAAGCUGGGGUUCUGCUGGAGAAGCUCGUCUGUCUUAUUGGAAAUGAUGUUUCUCUAGCUGGGAACAAAGGCGUGCCUUUUGGGAACAUUUGUCAGAUUUGCCAGUCGCCAGUCACCAGCCAGUUAUUAGCACCCGCUGCCACCACUAAUCAUUAG